AUGGACAGACCCUCGAAGCCCUACGUGCGCGAUUUAGAGUUCAGAGGCUUCAUUGAAGGGCUCACCUAUGUCGACGACAAGUCCCAGCCACUCUGCCAUUAUUUCGGUGGCAUCCCAUAUGCUAUACCCCCUGUCGGGCCCUUCAGAUGGUGCAAGCCGAGGUCCCUGCCUCCAUGCUACAGAUAUGGCACGCGUGUGAACCCAGGCCGAUAUACAGAGAACUGCUCCCUAUGUCCUCAACCGGGCUUUAAUGAGGGGUUGAAUGACUCUUUGUGGGAUGAGGACUGCUUGCAGUGCAACAUCUGGGUACCGGCUGGCGAGCCGCCGAAAGGAGGAUGGCCAGUUCUUGUGUGGAUACAUGGCGGCUUUCUCCAAUUCGGCACUCCCAGGGACAUAGAUUUAAGAGCCAUGCUCAGCGAAACAUCAUGUAAGGCCAUUGUCGUAACACCCGCCUACCGUCUCAACGUCCUCGGCUUCCUCGCCAGCCCAGAGCUCAGUGCAGCAUCGUCCGAGUUCGCCGCGAACGUCGGCUUCUGGGACCAGAGGCUCGCUAUCGAAUGGACAUGGCAAAACAUCAGCUACUUUGGCGGCGACACCUCCAAUAUCGCCGUCGGCGGGUACUCCGCUGGCGCCCACUCGGCUUUCCACCAGCUAUCCUACGACCUGGGCGUUCCCGAUUCCAAAAGCAUCAUCCGUCGCGUCCUCAUGUUGUCCAACGGCCCAGGCCUGCAACCCAAGUCUCUAUCAGAAGCUCAAGAAAAAUUCGAAGAACUCCUCACGAACCUCAACAUCCCACUCGCGACCUCUGCCUCGGAAAAGCUCACCCUCCUCCGUUCCCUGGACCCCAAAACCCUCCUCAGAGCAACCUUCAAGAUGAAACAUCACCAAUUCCGCGCCAUCACCGACAGCGCGUUCGUGCGGCCCAGUCUCUUCCACGAACUGAAUUCCGGAGCCUUCGCGCGUAAAAUGAAGCAACGCGGCGUCAAACUCAUCAUUGGCGAAUGCAGCGACGAGCACUUCGUUUACGGGCAAUGGAGACCGCCCGCCAACAACUUGAAAAGCCUGUUUGAACGCCUGCAAGCGGAUUACUCGCUUCCUGCCGUCGAAGCCAUGGUCAAGUAUUACUUCCCUGACGGUAAACUACCGCCGGGAACCCCGAACUGGCAGAAUGCGUUUGGUAAGGUAUAUGCUAAUAUGCAGAUCCAUGCUCUCGAGCGUGGGAUGCUCGACGCGCUUGUGCGACAUGGUGCCGGCGAUCUCGUGUACCGGUACCGGAUCGAAUACCGCGCACGAUGCUGCGAUAAGAAGUGGCCGAAGCAGUGGGGUGUGACGCAUGGAACGGACAUGGCGUUGUGGUUUUGGGGCAACGGGGAGGAGUUGAGUGAGGAGGAAAGGAAGAUUGUAAAGGAAGCCUUUCAUGAUAAUCUGGGUAGGUUUCUGAGAGGGGAGGAAAUGGAGUGGGGGACGGAGCCGCUGCACGUGAGAUGUUUGAAGGCUGAUGGGACGGUGAGGUGUGAGAAAGAUACAGGGUUGGAAGAGGGGAGGAGGGUGUGGGAUCUUUUGAAGAGGGCCGGGGCGAUGGGAGGGAUGGAGAAGGCGAGGCUGUAA